AUGAGCGUCCCACCCGUCCUCCCCGCCAUCGUUCUCACCCCAGACGAGCACAAACUCGUCGACCUCCUCGUCGGGUGCGCAGACUGGGUCGACCACAACCCGCACCUCGUCGAUGCGCUCCGCCUCAAGGACGACGUGACGGGCGAGUGGGUCGGGCGAGAGAGGGGGGACGAGCCGGUCGAGCUGAGGAUUGCUGGAGGGUGGGUCCGCGACAAGCUCCUCGGCCGCCAGUCGGACGACAUCGACGUCUCAACCUCGCCCGACCCGAUCACGGGCCUCAAGUUCGCCAUGCUGUUCGAGCAGUACCUCGAGACUCUCGGCAAGCGCGACCUGAUGGGCCGCCUGACCAAGAUCGAGGCCAAGCCCGAGCAGUCGAAGCAUCUCGAGACGGCCACGGCGAGGGUGUGUGACCUGUCGGUCGACUGGGUCCAGCAGCGAGGGCAGGAGGUCUACACCGAGGGCAGCCGCAUCCCGACCGUCGCUUUCGGCACCCCUCUCGAAGACGCCGAGCGCCGCGACCUCACGAUCAACUCGCUCUUCUACAACCUGCGCACGCGCCUCAUCGAGGACCAGACGCAGCUCGGCCUCGCCGACCUCGGCUUUGUCCCCGGCAUGCCGCGCAAGAUCCGCAGCCCGCUCGAGCCCGUCAAGACGUUCCACGACGACCCGCUGCGCGUCGUGCGCGCCGUCCGAUUCGCGGCGAGGUUUGGGCGCGAGUGGGAGCUCGAUGCCGAGAUGGAGCGGGCAAUCAAGCGCGACGAGAUCAAGGAGGCGCUCCGCAACCCGCUCAAGAUCAGCCGCGAGCGCGUCGGCGCAGAGCUCGACAAGAUGCUCCUCGGUCGCGACCCGCUCUACGCCUUUGAGCUCAUCGAGCGCCUCGAGCUGCACCCGCUCAUCUUCCUCUACGAGCACGACAAGGUCUUUGCCGCCCCCGCACCACUGUCGCACAGCUCGGCAACCCCGCCUGGCGCGACCGCCCCGUCACCUGUCCUCGGGCCCGAUCCGAGCGAGCCGGCGCCGCCUGAACCCGACACGGCGCUCUCGGUCGCCGCCGCCGCCGUCCUCACCCAGCUCCUGUCGCCGUCACUCAACGCUGCCUCGCCAACACCCCUUCCGCCGCUCCACCCCACCACCCCUCUCCUGUCGUGCGUCUACCCGGGCACGGUCAAGCGCCUCUUCCUGUCGUGCGGCCUCUUGCCGCUGUACGCGCUCGCGACGCUCGACAAGGGCAAGGUCGUGUGGGUCGGCGAAAAGGUCGUGCGCGACGGCGUCAAGGGCCCGACGGUCGACAUUGCGUUCACCAAGCGCGCGAGGGAGGCGAUGGGAGGGCUCAGGGGCGCGGUGAGGGAGUUUGCGGGAGAGGAGGGGAGCGGGAGGGCGCUCGAGGAGGGCGAGCUGAGGGCCGAGAUUGGCAUGGUCAUGCGGCAUCCGUCGGUGCAUGACGGGCUCCACCAGCGGUGGAACGUGUCGCUCCUGUGGGCCCUCUGCGUCGACCUCGUCGAGGCGCGAGCAGAUCCGGCCGAGCAGGCUCGGCUCGUGCACGCCUACAACCGGUUCGUCGGCCUCAUCGAGGCGCACGAGCUGCACGUUCGCGCGUUCGACCAUCCUCUACUCGACGGCAAAUCCCUCAACGCCCUCCUCCCUUUCACCAAGUCCUCCCCCGCCAUGCCCUCGAUCCUCAACCUGAUCGUCCGCUUCCAGCUCGCCCACCCGGUCGCGACGAUCGCCGACGUCGAGGCGUUCUUGCGCGCGCAAGAGGACGAGUUGCGGGACCUCGUCGAGCGGUCAAAGCCGGCGCCCAAGGGCAAGAAGCGCAAGGGGGCGGCGGCGUAGAGCGCGCAAGGAGGAGAGAGAGUGCAGUGCAGAGGGUGCACGAGGG